UUUUGAACUCGCUGCCGACGGAGCAGUCGAACGACCCACGGAAGACUUGGAGUGCCGUCGCCCCAUCUCGCACUGACACGAACAUGGCUUCAUCCAUGGCAACAAAGAGACUUCGCAAGGAAUACAUGGCACUGCGAAAGAACCCCGAAGCGAACAUUGAGGCGAUUCCUCUGGAGAGCAACAUCUUGGAAUGGCAUUACGUGAUCCGCGGCAUCGGAGUGUACGAAGGGGGGUAUUACCACGGGAAGCUCAAGUUUCCUGCCGAAUAUCCCAUGAAACCUCCUGCCGUGUACAUGUUAACGACCAACGGCAGGUUCCAAGUCAACAAACGUCUGUGCUUGAGCAUGUCGGACUAUCACCCAGAAACGUGGAAUCCCAUGUGGUCCGUGAGCAGCAUUCUGGCGGGAUUGUUCUCGUUCAUGAAUGAGAACACACCCACUCUGGGAAGCAUCGUCACCCCCGACGCCGAAAAGCGGAAGCUGGCGGCGUUGAGUCUGGACGAGAACUGCCGCAAUGCGACCUUCGUCACAUGCUUUCCAGACCUCGUGGCGCUGCACGACGAACUGGAGCGGACAAAGCUUGAACGCGGCGAUCAGCCAGCUGACACGACGGCGACGUCAUCGGACGUGAAGAGGGAACUCGGCGUGAUGAUCCUGGACAACGUUUCCACAGUUACGGGUGCAGUUGUCGUCAUAGCGAUCUUCGGCGCCAUGCUUUUAUUUCAGCUGUAGGGUGUAUGUAGUUAUGAUGACCUUAAGAACGCCCAUACUACCGUAUGGCCUACAGUACAACAUGCUUGAACUCACA